AUGACCGAAGAAGUCGUCGCACCAGCCGCUCGCGCGCCGAUGACAGCCGAAGAGCGUCGACAACGUCGUCUUGCGAAAAUUCUCGGGAAUCCCGAAGAGCGAAUCAAUCGAAUUCUGAAUAACGGAGGUGAUGAGAACGGAAAGCGUCACGCGCCAGCGAUUGAAGGUGGCGAGGGAUAUAAUUUGUUUCCAAAACCUUCUGAAAACAAUACGCUCACCCCAGCCACCAACGAAAUGGACACAAUGCUCAAUUUCCACAAUUUCGCGAAUGGUUUGCCUCCAGAGUUCGCUCAAUUCGCUCAAUUCACAGGCGGCUCCGGAAUCCACGUCAUCAAUCCUAAUCCAGUGCCUCAAGGACCUCCGGUAAAAGGAAUAAACGUUCCAUUGGUCGCAGUAACCCUCGGAUUGCUCUCUCGAGCCAUCAUGCUUUUCUCCGGACCCAUAAACAUCGGAAUACUCUGGGCAAUCUUCUACGUGACACUUGUGGCUCGCUACUCGGCUGCCGGACUCAAUAAUCAGACGAGAAACGAGCUAGCUGCUGUUUUUCAAGCAAUGGGAUCAGGGAAUGUGCUAGAGAAAAUUAUGAACGCCGGCUUCAAAAUCAUCGAAUUCAUCCAGACGACAGUGACGUUUGCCGCCAGCUUCCUGCUCGCUCAUAUGAUACUGGAACUCUAUGAUUUUUCGUCGGAUUAUCAACUUGUUUUUUAA